AUGACAUCGUCGGGGUCGCAGGCCAAGAAGGCUUGGUCGUUCAUCCGCGACCAGCCCAGAGGCGCCUCUUUCGCAGUCGUCCGGAGACACUCAUUCAGACACGAAAUGCCGCGUCCAUGUCUGGAGCCGCCCAGUCGAGUCCAUCUCUUCGUGCCGUGCAAACCAGGUCACAUUGGACGUGCACCCGGCAUUGUCCAUUUCCAUCCUACAGACGAUUUCCGUGGCCUUGAGCACGGCCGUCCCAGCAUGGAGUUCGAAGGUGCCAUCUUCAAUCGCCAUGCUUUCCACAAGCUCAAGGAGAAAGAGGCCACUCGACGCAAAGAAGGUCCCAGUCGUCCUAUGACAGCGGACAAAGGCACGGCGAGCUCAGGCCAGGACGCUCCCCAAGAUGCACCUGCAGACGGAGGAUGUGACCCCGGGGGCAAUUCAUCGACAAUGCCUGACAAGCCCUCCGUCGAUGGCAAGGGAGGCGGCCCAGACAACUAG